AUGCUGCGGUCGCUGCGCGAGCCACCAACUCUGAGUGCCGCAUGGAACGAAGACUACGAGCAAAAGGCAGCAGAAUGGUUCGAGCUGUUCUUGGACCUCAUGAUGGUCGCCGUGUGUUCAGACAUUGCUCGGAAGCUGAACGAAAACCUGGACGGCGGGGGCCUGGCCCACUUUGUGGCUCUGUUUUGCCUCUACUUCAGCUCGUGGCAGUUGUACACGCACUACAACUCGCGGUUCAACGAAAAUAGUCUCUUGCAUUACGUGCUGCUGUUUGGGCUGCUAUGCGGCUUUGGAGGCAUGGUGCUCUCUAGCGAACCCGGCACCAUCUUCGCCACAGGUCUCCUCAUCACCAGGCUUGCAAUUGCAGGCAUGAACAUCAACACAUUUUUGCUCGUGCCAGCAGCGCGCGACUACCUUACCACUGAGCUGUCGAUGAUCGCAGUUGACGUGGUAGCCUUGGCGUUAUGCUUGCUCUUGCCCGGAACGACACUCAUCCCAGCCUACGUUGUUCUCCUGGCUGUGGCGUUUGUGGUUCGACCAAUCGUUACUCUGACACGAAGUCAGACAACGGACUCAGUGCUGCGAAUUGCUAUCAAUAUCGAUCACUACAGUGACCGGAAUGGGUGCAUGGUGCUCGUCGUAUUGGGCGAAGCAGUGCUUAAGUCGAUUCUCAACCUUGAGCAAAGUGGGAAAGGUGCCACAACCCAGUUCUACUCGACGAUGGUGCUGUCUCUCAUGGUGAUCUUCGCCCUCGCCAUCUUUUACUUUGGCGCCCAACCACCUCGGAGUCUCCACGCGAUGCGACGUGCCGUGUGGGCUGGGCUCUUGUUUACGUACGUCCAUUACGUGUUGCUCGCGGCGCUGUUGUCAUUUGGCGUCGGUGUCACUGUCUUGGCGAACAAUGUCAAAAAGGACGUGCCAGCUCACAAUGGCACCGACGUGUGGCUCAUCUUCGGCUCCAUUUCAACGUCAAUGGCUGCAAUUCUCUGCCUCCGUGUGCUGCACUUUGGUGGGCGAAGCAUCAAAGUCACGGACCCCAAGAUCGUCAAGCAGCUCAAAAUGCUCUGGUGGGCCUUUACCUUUUCGUCCCCUGUGUUGCCAUUACUUUGUGGCGGCGUGAUGUUAGUGAUGUUUCCAAAGCGAGUAGACUCGUUGGUUUUGUUGGCCAUUGCGUUUGGCUCCCUGUCGUUGCAGCUAUUUGGGGAGGCCACCGUCGUGCACUACCUCAGCAUCCAUGGCCAGCGACACGUGUGCAGUGGCACUGACGAGUGCGUCCCAGAGACGCCGCAUGAGCAGAGCUUCUUGGCCAGCGACAGCGCAGGGUAGCUUAUCAAGGCAUACACACUCGACGUGAGAGUCCUCAACGUGUCGUAUUCGACUUUGCCACCCAUCAUUCAUGAAACUCAACGGCACUUGGCACCCUCCCAGACCUCUGGUCCUGCUACAUUUCAUCACGUUCGAUGUGGUUGCUGGUAUUUGAUAUAUGCAAGGCAGUCCUCUUUACUC